ACACAAGCUCACACACCACUGACCGACAGCCAGGUCUGCUCCGUCCCAUCAUUUCCUACCCAAGCUCCUGCAUGUCUAACAUUUAGACAUGUUCAGCUUUGUGGAUUCAAGGACUGUUCUGCUACUUGUAGCAUCCCAAGUUGUUUUACUAUCCGUGGUCAGAUGUCAGGAGGAGGACGACCUGAGAGAUGCAGGUGGCUGCAUCCAGGAUGGACAGCAGUAUAAUGAUAAGGAUGUGUGGAAGCCGGAGCCCUGUCGUAUCUGUGUGUGCGACAGCGGAGCGGUUCUGUGUGAUGAGAUAAUCUGCGAGGAGAUCAAAGAGUGUGCCAACCCCAUCAUCCCAUCCGGAGAGUGCUGCCCCAUCUGCCCUGCUGAUGCCACUGCUCCCAUUGGUAGCUCAUGUUGUUCCAUUUUUAUUAAACAGGGCCAGAAGGGCGAACCAGGAGAGAUUGCAGAUGUUGUAGGACCAAGAGGACCACCAGGCCCUAUGGGCCCCUCAGGCGAGCAGGGACCGCGUGGAGAGGCUGGCGCUAAGGGUGAGAAGGGAAAUCCUGGACCUAGAGGCAGAGAUGGUGAGCCUGGCACCCCUGGCAACCCCGGGCCCCCUGGCCCACCUGGACCCAACGGGCCACCUGGGCUUGGAGGGAACUUUGCUGCUCAGAUGGCUGGUGGAUUUGAUGAGAAGGCCGGAGGCGCUCAGAUGGGAGUGAUGCAGGGACCGAUGGGCCCUAUGGGUCCCCGUGGCCCCCCUGGACCUACUGGAGCUCCUGGCCCACAAGGUUUCCAAGGUAACCCUGGAGAGACUGGAGAGCCUGGUGCCGCUGGACCUAUGGGACCUCGCGGACCACCCGGACCAUCUGGAAAACCAGGAAGUGAUGGUGAGGGUGGCAAACCUGGAAAGUCUGGUGAGCGUGGACCUGCUGGGCCUCAGGGAGCUCGUGGUUUCCCUGGAACUCCUGGUCUUCCCGGAAUCAAAGGACACAGAGGUCACCCAGGUCUGGAUGGAGCCAAGGGAGAGACCGGCGCUGCAGGAGCCAAAGGUGAGGCUGGUGCUCCUGGAGAGAACGGUGCCCCUGGACCCAUGGGCCCACGUGGUCUGCCCGGUGAGAGAGGACGCCCCGGAGCCGCUGGAGCUGCAGGUGCCCGUGGAAACGAUGGCUUGCCCGGUCCUGCUGGUCCUCCUGGACCUGUUGGCCCUGCUGGAGCUCCCGGUUUCCCAGGAUCCCCAGGAGCCAAGGGAGAGGCUGGCCCUACUGGUGCCCGCGGAGCUGAGGGCGCACAGGGACCCCGUGGAGAGGCCGGUACCCCUGGAUCUCCUGGACCCGCCGGAGCAUCAGGUAACCCUGGUACUGAUGGUAUCCCUGGAGCUAAAGGAUCUGCUGGUGCUCCUGGUAUUGCUGGUGCUCCUGGUUUCCCAGGACCCCGUGGCCCACCCGGACCACAGGGAGCAACAGGACCUCUUGGGCCAAAGGGACAGUCAGGAGACCCUGGCAUUCCUGGAUUCAAAGGUGAAGCUGGACCAAAGGGAGAGCUUGGCCCUGCUGGUCCUCAAGGCGCCCCCGGCCCUGCUGGUGAGGAGGGAAAGAGAGGAGCCAGAGGAGAGCCUGGUGCUGCUGGACCACUUGGACCUCCAGGAGAGAGAGGAGCCCCCGGUAACCGUGGUUUCCCUGGUCAAGAUGGUCUUGCUGGAGCUAAGGGAGCUCCUGGUGACCGUGGUGUUCCUGGCGCUUCUGGUGCUAAGGGUGCCACUGGAGACCCUGGACGCACAGGAGAGUCCGGCCUCCCUGGAGCCAGAGGACUCACUGGUCGUCCUGGAGAUGCUGGUCCCCAAGGCAAAGUUGGACCUUCUGGUGCCGCAGGUGAGGACGGUCGCCCCGGCCCUCCUGGUCCCCAGGGAGCGCGUGGACAGCCAGGAGUGAUGGGAUUCCCAGGUCCAAAGGGAGCCAAUGGUGAGCCCGGUAAGGCAGGAGAGAAGGGUCUUAUGGGUCGUCCUGGUCUCAGAGGUCUACCUGGAAAAGAUGGUGAGACUGGUGCUGCUGGACCUUCUGGCCCUGCUGGACCUGCUGGAGAGAGAGGAGAGCAAGGACAGCCCGGACCCUCUGGCUUCCAGGGUCUUCCUGGACCUGGAGGCCCUCCAGGAGAGUCAGGAAAGCCUGGUGACCAGGGUGUCCCUGGUGAGGGUGGAGCUCCUGGUGCUGUUGGACCCAGAGGUGAGCGUGGUUUCCCUGGUGAGAGGGGUGGUGCUGGACCUCAGGGUCUUCAGGGACCUCGUGGACUUCCUGGAACACCUGGAACUGAUGGACCCAAGGGAGCCAUUGGACCAGCUGGUGCUGCUGGAGCCCAGGGACCCCCCGGCCUGCAGGGUAUGCCAGGAGAGAGGGGAGCAGGUGGCAUCCCUGGACCCAAGGGAGACAGAGGUGACAACGGAGAGAAGGGACCUGAGGGAGCUCCUGGAAAGGACGGCUCAAGAGGUUUGACUGGUCCCAUCGGUCCUCCUGGCCCAUCUGGACCCAACGGCGCCAAGGGUGAGACUGGACCUUCUGGCCCUACUGGUGCUGCAGGUACUCGUGGUGCUCCCGGUGACCGUGGUGAGAUUGGUCCUCCUGGGCCUGCUGGCUUUGCUGGGCCUCCUGGUGCAGAUGGUCAGCCUGGUGCCAAGGGAGAGCUUGGUGAGAGUGGACAGAAGGGAGAUGCCGGUGCCCCUGGACCUCAGGGACCUUCUGGGGCCCCUGGACCUGUGGGACCCACUGGUGUUUCUGGACCUAAAGGAGCCCGUGGUGCUCAGGGAGCUCCUGGUGCUACUGGUUUCCCUGGUGCUGCUGGAAGAGUUGGACCUCCUGGUCCCAAUGGUAACCCUGGUGCUGCUGGCCCUGCUGGUCCUUCUGGUAAAGAUGGUCCUAAGGGUGCUCGUGGUGACGGUGGCCCCCCAGGCAGACAGGGAGAUGCUGGGCUUCGUGGACCUGCUGGUGCCCCAGGAGAGAAGGGAGAGCCUGGAGAGGAUGGACCCCCUGGUCCCGAUGGGCCUUCAGGUCCCCAGGGUCUGGCUGGAUCUCGUGGUAUUGUUGGUCUGCCUGGUCAGCGUGGAGAGAGAGGCUUCCCUGGUCUCCCUGGACCUUCUGGAGAACCCGGUAAGCAGGGAGCUCCUGGUGGUGCUGGUGACCGUGGACCCCCUGGGCCUGUGGGACCCCCUGGACUGACUGGACCUUCUGGAGAGUCUGGUAGAGAGGGUAACCCUGGAUCAGAUGGACCUCCUGGCCGGGAUGGAGCUGCUGGAGUCAAGGGAGAGCGUGGUAACACUGGUCCUGCUGGGGCCCCUGGAGCUCCUGGUGCCCCCGGCGCCCCUGGUCCCGUUGGUCCCCUCGGCAAACAGGGAGACAGAGGAGAGGCUGGUGCUCAAGGACCUGCUGGACCCUCAGGACCAGCUGGAGCUAGAGGAAUGGCUGGACCCCAAGGACCACGUGGAGACAAGGGAGAGGCAGGCGAGGCGGGAGAGAGGGGACAGAAGGGUCACCGUGGCUUCACCGGUCUGCAGGGUCUUCCUGGACCUCCUGGUCCUGCUGGAGACUCUGGAGCUUCUGGACCUUCUGGACCAAGUGGUGCCAAGGGACCUCCUGGACCAGCUGGACCUGCUGGCAAAGAUGGAUCCAAUGGACAGCCUGGCCCCAUUGGACCUCCUGGACCCCGUGGACGUUCUGGAGAGUCUGGUCCUGCUGGUCCUCCUGGUAACCCUGGACCCCCCGGUCCUCCUGGUCCUCCUGGCCCAGGCAUUGACAUGUCUGCCUUUGCUGGCCUGUCCCAGCCUGAGAAGUCCCCCGAUCCUCUCAGGUACAUGAGGGCUGAUGAGGCCUCCAGCUCCUUGAGGCAGCACGAUGUCGAGGUGGACGCCACACUCAAGUCCAUCAACAGCCAGAUUGAGAAUAUGCGUAGCCCCGACGGCUCCCAGAAGAACCCUGCCCGCACCUGCAGAGACCUUAAACUGUGCCACCCUGAGUGGAAGAGCGGUGACUACUGGGUUGAUCCCAACAUUGGCAGCACAGCUGAUGCCAUCAAGGUCUUCUGUAACAUGGAGACUGGAGAGACCUGCGUCUACCCAAGCAUAGCUAAGGUACCAAAGAAGAACUGGUGGUCUAGCAAGAGCAAGGAUCGCAAACACAUCUGGUUCGGAGAGACCAUGAAUGGAGGAUUCCACUUCAGCUAUGCUCAGGAUGGUCCUGCUGCCAACGCUGCCAGCGUCCAGCUGACUUUCUUGAGGCUCCUGUCCACAGAAGCAUCUCAGAACAUCACUUACCACUGCAAGAACAGUGUUGCCUACAUGGACCAGGCCACUGGCAACCUGAAGAAGGCUCUGCUGCUGCAGGGCUCCAAUGAUGUGGAGAUCCGUGCAGAGGGGAACAGCCGCUUCACAUAUGGCGUAUUGGAGGAUGGUUGCAAGAAACACACAGGCCAGUGGGGCAAAACCGUCAUUGAAUACAAAACACAGAAGACCUCCCGUCUGCCCAUCGUGGACAUUGCUCCAAUGGACAUUGGAGGAGCGGAUCAGGAGUUUGGCGUGGAUGUAGGCGCAGUCUGCUUCUUGUAAAGUGGAAUAUCACAAUGGCCAAAAAACAUGAAAUAAAAUAACUCAACCAUGAAACAUAACACACACUUCCACAAUAAAGAAGACAGGAAAUUAUAAAGAAAAUUGAUACUUUUUCUCUCUCAAAGAAGUGCUCUCCAAGUUGUACUCCCUGGAUGUUAGCACUGAAGGGCACCGGCAAUAUCUGUACAUCACACCAGCAUUCCCUGUCAACCCACUUCCUGAGAUCCAGUCAUGUUUCCCAUGGCCCACUGUUGACGGGAAUGAGUCAAAGCCAGGAGGAAGAGGGACCAAGCGAACAAGUGAAGGAGAAGAGAAACAUGACUUGAUGUCAUUUAUUUAUUGUCUAACCUAAAUGGGCAGAGUUGAGGUAGGACUGGGCAGGUUUACUAUGUAAGUAAGACAAGCCCCUUCCACUACAGAACAGCCACACAAGCCUCUGUCCCAGUCCUACUCCACCUCCCUCUCUUUUCCCUUCCUGACCCACAAAUACAGCAUUCUGAAUCAAUGUAGACCAAAAAAAUAUUGUUUCUAAAAUCAAAUCCAGCUGCUCCAGACCUGUCCAUCGUGAGCAGGAGCAAAACUUUUACUGUGUAUUAUAAAUCCUUGGUUCUAUUGUUGUAAAAGUCUGUGUUUAUAAACAACCAGAUGGUUUUAUAUAUAUUUCCACAUUAUGUGUGUACAUGUGUCUAUAUGCACACCAACACUUUUUGGAAAGUGAGGUCUCAUUUGGGAUGUAUGUUUCAUUGUCCUGUACCCCUUGACUGCCCAUCAGAAGAAGGCGUUUUACCCAGUUAUCAUCCAAAGUUGUUUUGGCAAAUUAGAGUAAAAUUUGUUUUGCUUUUAUUGUGGCCAUCCUGAUUGUUUAAAGCUACCUCACGCUGAAAAACAAAGUGAAAAUGUUGACCUUAAAUCUGAGCUGACCAAAAAUUAGCUUUCAGGUGAAUCUGGGGCUGAAUGGCCAUCUUUGCUUUGGGUUGCUCUCUCUUCAGAAGGUGCUAUGAGUUCUGUAAUUCAGUCUUCGCCAUUGUUCCCCAAACGCCCCCAAUUCCCACUAGCCUCACACCACACACACACUCCACCCUGGAGGACAGGUGCAGUAGGGUAAGACAGGGGACACAGGGGCUACUGGGAGGCAUCCUUUGGAGUCCAGAGCCCAAAGUUG